AUGUAUUCAUUUCUAGCUUGGAUAUUUAUUGAUCUGAUUUUUUGUUCUCUUAUAAUAUUUACUAAACAACAAUAUACACCAGAUUGGUCUUCAUUAGACAAACGUCCAUUACCCACGUGGAUGUGGUGGGCAUGGAAAGGAAAUAAUCCAAAUCCUGAUACUGUAGCUUUUAUGAAUAAAAAUUAUCCACCUGAUUGGACUUAUGCCGAUUUUGCUGAACAAUUUCAUGCUGAACUUUAUGGUAACUAA